AUGAAUCCGAAAGAUUUUCUCGGUGAUCAGUUAUCCUUGUCGCUCGGCGUUGAAGUUCAUCCAUGUUGUAACAGAAUUCAAAAGAGAAGUAUCAAUGUAUUUUUGCAGAUGAAUCGCUUUCCCGGACCUCCUCAACCGUUACAAGGUCAGCCGAUGGGUUCAACUGGUGUGCAUGCACCGCCGGGUAUGACAAGCCAUAUGGCAAGUCCGCAAACAGUUCCGCCUUACAACGUAGCGGUUGCCUCACCACAGUACGUCCAACAAGCAGGGCCAGGCCCGUCUCCAACACAAGGACACUAUGGUCAUCCAUCGAUGAUGGGUGGGCCUGGCUAUGGACAACCCAUGAUGCAUGGUAUCAUGCCAUCGCAGCAGAUGAUGCAGCAACCACCCCCACAACAACAGCAACAGCCCUUACCACCGCCACCCCCACAACAGCAGGCACCUCCCCAACAGCAACAACCUCCGCAACAACACGCUGCCCCUCCGCCCGAUGACUUAUCGAUGAGAUUGAAACGAUCAUAUAAUAAUUUCGAUUCUAGUCUUAAAACAUUCCUUCAUGAAUAUUCUUCAGUAUUACAAAUGGAUGAUGCCCGCUUAAAUUCACAAACACCGGAAGUUCUUACUCAAACCUCUCGAAAUCUCGUGCAACGCUAUGAAUCCCUGCUCGUUGCUCUCGAUCUCUUUGAAUCAAACCUCCGUAUGUUACAAGAUUACACUGUGAUUCAAAAUGAUUUCCGUCGCUUUAUGCCCACACCACAAAAUGUUGUCGAAGCAAGUUCUCAUUCCGGUCACCAACAAACGCAGAUUCUACCAACCAUUGGUCGACCGGUUGAUCCUGGUCAAUAUCAAUUCCUAUCCAAUAAAAUGCAAACUCAAAUCGAGUCUUUCAGUGCACUACGUGAAGCAGCAAAAAAGUUUCUUGAAACCUCAACAGCCAAUGUCAAUACGAAUACAACCACGAAAUAA